AUUAAAGUUGAGAUGAACCCAAAGUCUUAUAAAACCUAACGCAACCCAUGGGAAACCCCAUGCAUUAGGGUUUCGCAAACCCAAAACCCCAAACGAAGAAUUACAUUACCAGUGCCAAUGGCUUCAUCAAUUACUCGAAGGUUACUUCUGCGCAGUAUCUAUGGCGCCAUUACUGCUCAAUGCCGUCUAACUAAACCCUCAUUUCACAGGCUUCCCGAAAGUACCCGUCCUUUCAAGCCGGAGUUUGGCUUAGAUAAUGUAUACAGAAGGUCCCCGAAUUUUGCUGCAAUUAAUUACAGGUUUCUAUGCACGACUUCUAAUCAAUCAAAUUCAAAUGCAACUGGAUCGUCGGAGGGCAAUUCUGGAAAGAGUAAUGAUGGCGAGAGUUCUGAUGAUAUGGAAUGGGGCCACUGGAGCCGUGAUCCUAAAUCGUGGACGGACAUCUUUUAUCUUCUUUGCUUUGGAGCGGGAUUGGUUUGCUUCUUUAUCUGUGCAAAUAAUCAGCAAAUUGAAGGUUAGAUUACUAUGGUGAGUUGUGGAGUAUGUUCUAAUGGUUUCGAUUUCAUUUCAAUUAGGGUAGCGUGUCUGUAUUCGACACAAGUCAAUGCUCCUCGGACACUACCGAAAAUAUUU